AUGAUGUGGACCUCGUGGUUGGUCCCGAAACUUGGGGAGACUCUGCCGAAAUUUUGGCAGAAAGUCUCGUGCCCUAAAUCCUCUCUGGUAAAAGAGGAUAUAGUUUUAAGGAGUAAACCCGGCGUGGGUGUGAUGCCGGGGUCUCCGCAGGGUUCGUCUCGGGUUCCGGGAAAUUCGGGGCGGGUCCUGUCAGCUUGGUAUCAGAGCUUAGGUUCAAUUUCUUGA